UUUUUCUAAUACGAUCAAUAAAAUUAAAUUAUCGACUCUUUUCGACCGUUGCAUCACCGUUAUAUCAUCCGUUGCUCUGCAGAUUUCGUUUCAUUUCAAUAAUUGAUUAUAUAUAAAACGUGAUCCGCGCAUUAGAUACGUCGUCGACGGCAAUUGGAUUUUAUACGCUCCGAAUUUGCAGUGGUGGUCAUCCGGUGCCGCAAAACCAAAUGGGUAAAAAUCAUUAUGGAGAAGAGUUCAAUGAUAAUAAUGAUUGGUCUAUGGACAUAACCGAAAAAACACUGAUACUAGGAAAUCAACAAAAGAAGAAAAUUAGGUCGGUAAAUAUAUAUAUAUAUGUAUAUGUAUAUAUAUAUAUAUAUAUAAUAUUUUUUAAAUUAAUCUGCCUCACUUGUGACACGAUUUUUAGCAGAUGCAGUGGUUCGGUGAAACGGCCAUACUGAGUUUACGGAAAAAUAGUUAAAAUAAAAUUGCAAAUAUACUGCUCAAAGACUGCUUUAUAAAAAUAAAGUAUAAUUAAAUAUCAAGAUAUAAUAAGUCAGGAUGUAUUCCGCACUAUUGGUAGGCCACUGUACUAAAAAAGUUAUAAAAACACCUAUAGGAUAAUUUAAUUUACAUACUGAAAGUAAAGAUCUAUCAUUGCAAUCAAAAAUUGAUUCUAAGUGAAGUAGUUUUAAUAGUAUAAUAUUGGUGUUUUUCCAUUGUAGUUAAGGUCAUUGACAAAUCAACACAAAUAAUAUCGAUGUUUUGACAUUUUUUUUCAAAUAAAGUACUAUCGAGAGAAAAAUCGAUACUUUUUAAUGUACGGCACGAAUAAAUGGAAUAAUUUUACUAACCGAAAAAGUACUUCAAAAAACCAUAAAGCAUAAAACAUAGGAAAGCAUACAUAUUCUUUUAAAUAAAAUACCUAUUUCUAUUUAGUCAUCUGAAAAAAAAAUUUGUAUCUUUUAGAUGUGAAAAAACCGUGAAUUUUCACUAAUCCAAAAAAUGUUUUCCGAGAAUCACUCAUCCUAGUAAAACUAAACAUUGGUAUACUCAGAAUCUAAACACAAUUCGUAUAGUUGGAGAUAGUACAAGUUUUAAUUUAAACGUUCACUCACAAUAUAUAAAUUGUAUAGUUCAAAAAUCACUAGAAACUGUAGGAAACGUUUCAAAAUAACAGUCUUAACUCACCUAUUUAUCGAUUUUUGGACUCAUUUAAGGUUCUUUUAAUAAAACUAUAUGGCCUACUUUAAACACCAUCGCCCAAAAGAGGGUAAUUUUUAAAAGAACAAAUGCAUUGUUUAAUACUUUCAAUAUCAUUACCUCGAGUAUUUUUUUUAAAAAUCUAAAAUGUCUAAUUAAAUUUAUUAAGUUUAUUAUUACAAUAAAAGUAUUUAACAUUGUUUUUGCAUAGGUAUUUUAAUGUAAUUGUAUCCAACGUAAUAUAUUUAAUUAACGUAAUUGAUAGACGUUUACUAGCUGACAAUAUUUUUGUAUGUUUGUUGAGAUAAUGUAUACAUUUACAUCUAAUCGUAAUUAUGCAAAUAUACAUAUAUUUCUUCCAAGAUUUCCGUAAAUAAAAAAAAACACUUCUAUAUUUUGAUGUUUCCAGAAAACGUGUAGUCACACGAAAAAAAAAGAGCUAAUACUAAGGAUGGGACCGGCUGCUGUCGUAGGUGAAAAUUUGAGAAGGUAGGAUACAUAAGGUUAUUCCAUUUAUAUCUGUAAGCAACGAUAAACCAUUGCUAAUGAAAGACGAUUCCGGGUGCAGUUCAGUAAUACAUAAUUUGAAGUGUCGUAAUUUUUUUUUCGAUUUUCGUUUAAAUUUGAUUUGAAAAUGCUUAUUAAAAAAAAAACACUCGUCCAAUGAUUUUUGAAAUUUAACCACGUCUAGUUAAGUCUAAUAUAAGUAUUAUUACCAAGUUUCAAGUCUCUACAUGUAUUUAUAACUGAAUAACAACAAAAAACUCCAAAAAUUAAAAUUCCUUAUAAGUUCAAAAAUUUCGGCGAUGAUACCAUAAAAAAAUAAAUCAAAAAGGUGUCUUUUGAUUUUUCGAUUAAAUCAUUUUUUCUGGUAGGAAACAUUAUCCGUGUUUUUAUAAAAUAUUUAAUUCGUGAAAUUGUACGUUUUCCUACGUUAUUUUCUACUUAAGUGCUUUUAUUUAAAAAAAGCGUCGAAAAUCAAAAAAUACCUGUUAAAAAACAAUUCAGACAACUAGAGCUUUCAUAAAAGUUGCUAAAUGUAAAAAUCGGAGCAAGUUUAACAGAAAAAAACGUGUCCACAGACAAGAAUAAAAAACAAUGAAAAAAAAAAAAAUAAACAACAUUGUAAAAACAAUAGCUCCCUUGCUACGCUCGGAAUCUAAAAGAAAGGUAAGAUAAUGAAGACGGGUACAGCCACUGGUAUAGGUGGGAAUUUGGGAAGGUAGGAUACAGACAUGAAUUUAAUGUAUAUCUGUAAGCAACGAUAAACCAUUGCAAACGAAAAACCGAUUCUGAGUGAAGUUAAAUAGAUAGUGAUGCUUUGUCAACAAUAUGUAUACCAUAUUAUAGUAAAAUAAUUAAAUAGGUUCUAUCUAUAUAUUUUCUUUAAUAGUAUUUGUUUAAUGUUGUACCAAUUUCCCCGAUUUUCCUAUGUUUUAACUUGUUUUCCCAUGUUUUUUCCCAGUUUUUCACAUUUGUUGAGAAAACUGUGAUGAAAAUCGAAAAACGACCUUUUUAAAGUAGCUCGUUAGUGAAAUUUCGUUUUAGAAAAAUUUCUAUUAUUAAAAUUUGUAGUAAAAUUGCUGGUAGAAAAGUCGUUCACAGAAAGCUUUAUAAAACCUUAGGCUUUUUCGCUCCACUUAAAAUCUAAAAUUCGUUUUGCAGAUUUGUUUUAAAUUUUCAUAAUUUAUUAUAUAUUAUACACAAAAAUUACAGGUUUUCUUCAAUUUUCCCAGAAAAGAAAAGUUCUUCGUUAACAAAACAUAAUCUUAAAGCUCUGUGAAUAUAUCCUAUAGUAAUAAAUACUUUCUUUCAAACAAGUAUUAUUGUACUAAUAACUUAUAUAUUUGUGUAUAUAUUUUUUAAAUAAUGUAAGUAUAUAUGUUUUUGUCAAUGAUAAUCUCAUAUAAAUUAUUAAAAAUAAUUAUAAUACUUCUAUAAGUACAAAGUUGAUGUGGGUGAGAAAACGCAUACGUAUAAUAAAUACCAUAAAUAUAUAAGAAAAUACAGUUAACACAUUUUGAUAACAAUCAGUUUUGUUUUUUUACGUCAUUAUAAGUUUAUCAGAUGUAUGUUAAUUUCAUGUAAUAUAAUAUUUUGGAUUUUCAAAUAUUCGGGUAAAUAUAACUGCAUAUUAUAAAUUUGUAUAAUCUAUUUAUUCGUUAAAAUAAAUUGGCAUCGUUAUAUAUGUUUAAAAUACUAUAUUGUAAUUACCUAUUUUAAAUUGGUUUUUAUCGUGAGGAUGUUAUUGAAUUUGGACAUGGUAGAAAUUACGCUUAUCAACUCAAUAUUUCCAUUUUUUUUGUUUUCAACAAUUCAUUAUCUCGUGCGUUUUAUUCGAUUGACAAAAAAAAAACUAAUACCUAGGUACCUAUGAAUAUUAUUUGAAUGCGUUCAAUCCCACAGUGUGGUAAAUGUAAGUUUACUACGUGUGAUGUUUUAACUAUGUCGAAAAAUGAUGAUUAUCGUAUAAUAUUUUGUAGAGUAAACAAAACAAUAAUAAAAUUAUCAUUCGGAAUUGUCGUCAUUCGACCAGAAAAGCAUUAUCCAUUAACAUGUCUGUUUUAUUGAAUUUUUCAGAUCUUUAUCGAAGAGCCGGCUGUUUUGCAUUGGAAUCGUGAUAUUGACUACGAUAGUCACUGCCGCAAUCGUAUACUCGCAAUAUGUAUACGUUAAGCCAGACCCAGAAUUCCCGUUGCCGCCUCCGAAAAUGCGGAUGGGAGUGUAUAAACACGUGGGCGUUGUUUCCCAGGGCGAACAGUGUCCGCAAAUCGGAGUGUAAGUAUUAUAAAUUACAAUACAAUACAUUUUGAAAAUAUAGACAAAAACAGAAUGUAAAGUCCCAUCAAUCCGACCAUAAUCAUUUACAAAUCCUACACUUUUGUUUUACUUGAAACUAAUUUUCUUAGCCCAAAAUAAAAUAUAAUAUAUUAAAUGUGAACACAAAAUGAACAAUCAUCCCCGAAAGCAUCCCCGAGUUAAAAUACUGGAGUUUCCUCCUAUGACAUUAUUUUGUAAUAUUUCAAACGCAAUAUUUCUCAUAAAGGACGUAUUGAUUGUGAUUUAAUCAAAUUCGAUACAGAUAAGUAAAAAAAAGUAAAAUAAAUAAAUACGUAUACAUAUUAUUUAUAUACCUGCCUUAUCUUAUCACCCAAUUUUAUCUGUAAAUUUUGCGUUUCGAUAUUUUAAUUACAAACCAAUAAUAAUAAUUAAUAACUAUAAAAUAUACAAUCAGUUGAUAAAUCUUCAAAAUAAUGCAAUCAAUAUUCUAUCGACGAUUUUCAACUUAUCAUUAUUGUAUUACUUGUAUUUAUAAUGUGUGAGGAGGUCAGAAGAUCAUUAUUGAUCGAGAAUAUUUUAAUAUAAUAUUCUGGGGGCAAUUUGUUGCCCUGAUAAAGUAUUAUAUUUCGAUUUCGCAAACGGAACUAGUAUUACAAUAAUGUAUUCCACACAGUAAUAUUAGGUACUAAUUAUUAUUAUUGCGUUUUAACAAAAUAAUUAUAAAUCACCUAACAAUAUUUUAUCAAAUUAUAUUUACAAUAGCAAGGGCUUCGAGCCCAAUUUUUAAAUCAAAUUGAUAUUUGUUUUACGAUCGUUUACGAUUUAUAGCUAUAUAUUAAACGAGAGGAAUAAUCAUUUUUCUUUUUAAUAACUAUCCCUAAAAUAUUAAAAUAAAACAUUAUUAAUUAUUUUUAAAAAUCCCAACGAUUUAAUAUUAUGUGCGGUAUCUGUAUUUUGAUUUAUCCAUUUACAAUUAUUGUGAAAAUAUAGUCACUAGACAAAUUAGACGAAAAGAAGUUCGUAGUGGUAAAAAUAAAAAUUCUACAGAAAAUUUCCUUCAGGGCCAACGAAGGAUGGAGACUAGAGAUUGUAAAGAGUGAAAAAGAAGGAAAACUCUAAACUAGAGGCCUUAUUUAAAAGUUCAAUUAUAACAGGUGCAAAUUCAAUAAUGGGAGGGAAUACAAUAAUAAAUGAGACGGUCUUUUAGAAGCCAAAAUGAACUAAAUAAUAACGAUGAAGCAAAAAUCACGUGGAAAAGAUCUGCGAGCUGCAGACUCAAAUAUAAUAUCGACGACCAUUUUUUUAUUGAUAAAAUGAAAAAAAAUGCAAGGGUAAAAGAUGGGGUACACAACUUUUGUUCUACCGAUUUGAUGUCAUUUUUUUUUUGUGUUUGUUAAAAUCAUUUUUUAAUUUCAUUUGAUCACAUUUAGUUUGUUUACAAUUGGGUUUUUUUUUUUUGUAAUAAGGGACGUGAUAUCUAAAGGAGGCAAUGCCGUAGAUGCCGCCAUAGCUGUAAUGUUAUGUGAUGGCGUGCUUGGUUUACAAAACAUGGGAAUCGGAGGAGGGUUUAUCAUGAGCAUAUACAACUCAACGACCAAAAAAGUAACGUCGGUAAACGCACGUGUAGUUGCUCCAUUGGCGGCCACUUCUGAUAUGUUUAUCAAAGAAAAAAAAGAAACGCUAUACGGUACGUAAAUAAUACUUUUACAGAUUUUAGAUUCUGAGUAGAGCAAGGGAUAUUUGGUUUUACAAUGAUGUUUAUUUUUUUUUUGUUUUUUAUACUAAGUACAAAAAUUUUACCAGAAAUCUUGCUCUGAAAUAUCAACUAUAGCACUUUUUCUGGAAGAGAAUUUUACUAGGGUAAUACUUUAAGUUAUUUUACUUUUCACUUUAGGUUAUUUUAUGAUUUUUUCAGUAGUUUUCAUAAUAAAUAGGAAAAACCAGAAAAAAACGGGAAAAUUUACGAAAAUAAUACUUUUAUAAUUUUAUGUAUUUUUUUUUUUUGUUUUAUUGUAAUUUAGUUUAAAAUGUUUGUAGUGGCUUGGAAUUUGGAUAGUAACAAUGUAGUUGCAUUUUAUAUACGUGGUAAAAUUUUCAAGAACUUUAAGCUAUUUUUGAACUUUUAUAGGCAUUUUAAUUUUACAAGUUUUUAUGUGAUAUUUAAACUUUGUGGAUAAAAUUGUCUGACCAAACAUAAAUGCUUUAAAAUUUAACAGGAAGUUCAUUAUUAGUCGUUCUUAAUGGUCAACAAUAAAAAUUUAAGUUUUAUGUAGUAUUUUUUUUUUUUUUUAAUUUUAAUUAUUAAUAUUUUUAAUUUUUUAUUAAAAAAAUUUUGACUAAAAUCAUAAGUAAAUGUUAUGAUAUAUUUAUAUUAAAGUGGAAUAAAAUUUAGAUAAGAAUUCGAUUAAAGUUUUAAUUUUAUAUGGUUUUGGCUUUCAAAACAUGUAUAAUCGAACUUUGCUCAGAAUCGUAUUUGUUUGCAAAGAUUAAUUAUUGCGUACAGUUGUACAUUAAAUUCGAAGUCAAAAUCGUGUGGAGUAAGUCCGUCUUUUGGUUUAUUGAUCCACGGGCUUAAGUUACAUAAAAUCUAGUUAAGUUCUAUUAGGUUUGAUACAUUUAUUGUUUAGCUAAAAUAAUUUGGAUUUAAAAUCUAUUAGGAGAGAUUUUUUGAAACAUUUAAAUCGUAGACAAAUCUGCAAUUAAUGUUAUAAAACACAACAAAUCCAUAUAAUAAUAAAUUAUAUAUAUUUUUGUAUUAAGUGUGUGACGAUUGAUUAUUGAUUUUAAAAUCCACAGGAGGAUUGCCAGUGGCCGUUCCGGGAGAAGUCAAAGGCUACGCGAAGAUAUACGAAUUAUUCGGUGGUGGAGUUUCAUGGGAAUCGCUAUUCCAGCCGGCUAUAGACUUAUGUGAAAAGGGCAUGACAAUCAGUAGACAUUUGGGAGUUAGCUUGAGGGCUCGUGAAAACUCAUUCAUACAAUACGAUCCGUUGUUCAGGUAAGACGAUAAAAAUUACAAGUUUUGUGUAUUCUUUCAACAAAUGUACCAAUUUUAAAUUUGCUAUGCAAAUUCAGUCAAUUUUUCAAUUUAAAUGUAUUAUUUUUUAUUCAUUAGGUUUAAAGUGGAUUGAAACUUAUAUGAGAGUUAUAUAAAGUUAUAAUUUUAUAUAGUUUUCGCUUUAAUAAAAUAACUUAUUGUAGACAAAAAUACUAUACCGAGGAACUAUAGAAAUAAAACUUCAACAUUUUAUGGCAUGUACUUUUUCAAAGAUCAUUCUCAACAAUUUAAAAUGUUAUCGAUAAUAUUAAUUUUGUUUUUAUGCAUUUUUUCUUUAUAUUGUUUCAAACGUUAAAUGUAUUAUAUUGAGUUUUUUAUUUUUUUUUUUUUUUAGAGAAGUCUUUUUUGACGAGAAAACCGGACAUGCGAAGAAAAAGGGAGAGACUUAUAAGUUACUGAGGCUAGCAAAGACGUUGCGGGUAAUAGCAAAGGAAGGAGCCGACGCCAUAUAUAACGGAUCGUUAACGCCUCUGAUAUUGGAUGAUUUGAAUAAAGUCAACGGCAUUAUUACCAAAGAAGAUCUCGCAAAUUUCCAGUAAGUAAAUAUAGUAAACACAAAUACAUCCUAAAUAUUUGAAUCCCGUGUAUAUAAUUAUAAACAAAUUUCUGGAAAACGUUAUGAUCGAAUAGAAUCAUUUAUACAGACUAUCUCACGGAGAUAUACCCCUUGAAUAUCUUCAGAGACAUUAAAGAUAAUCAAAUUCUUCUUUUUUUUUUUUAUAUUACUCACAGGGAUAAGGACUGCAAAUAUUUAUAUUUGAAAUAAUUUUUUUUUUAGUAAAUAAAUAAAAAAAUAACUUUAUUUUAUUAUUUUUGAAAAAAAUUUAGAUAGCCAUUCUGUACAUUUUUUUUUUUCAGAAAAUUUUAAUGUAUCACUCAUUUAUAUCGCAUAUUUUCUAAGAAACAAUUAUUUUAAAUUCUACUUAUCUGUGUGAAAACCAAUAAUAUCGCGUAACACGGUUAGGUUACUUAAGAACUAUAAAUCGGAUAUAAAUGUGUGAUACAUUAAAAUUUUUAGAAAAAUAAACUCUACAGAAUGGUUAUUUUAAAAUUUUCCGAAAAUAAUAAAACAAAGUUAUUUUUUUUAAGUUUUUUACUAAAAAAAAAAAAUUGUAAUUCAAAUAUAAAUAUUUGUAGUUUUCAUUCCUGUGAGUAAUAAAAAAAAAACAGAAUUUGAUUAUCUUUAUUAUCUACGGAGAUAUUCAAGGGGUCUAUCUUCGUGGGACAGUCUGUAUAACGGCAGAUCAAAAAGUAAAGAUGGCCUAUCUAAAAAGAUAGACUAAAAAAGAUUGGAUAGAAUCCAAAAGGAUUAUAUUCAUUUUAAUGAAAACAUUAUACUACUUGGUUAUCGAGAUAUGAAGAGAGCUGUGGAAUUCCUGAUGUUUCAGGGUCGAAGUCGAAGAAGCGUUUUCCGUGAAACUCAAAAAUGGAUAUUCGAUACACACCGGGUCACCUCCCGGCUCGGGGAUUAUUUUAGCUUUCAUUCUUCGGGUUUUGGACGGUUUAUUACCGGCACCCAAUGCCGCCUUAGACGCGCACCGGCUGGUAGAGGCAUUCAAAUACGGUUAUGCCGAGCGAACCCAUUUGGGCGAUCACAGAUUCGUUAACAUAACGCAAGUAGGUUUUUCGUAAGCUAUACAAGUCCGGAAAGUAAAUCUUACGGACUUGUAAGAUAACGAAGUAUUAAAUUCCGGAACUGAAAUCCGAUAAUGUCUAAAUUUAUAUUAUGUGUAACCUAUGUAUUUUACCGUAAAGAUUUUCGAUAAAGUGAAAUCUGACAGUUACAUAGACAGUAUACGGCGAAAGAUAGCGGACAAUUUCACCUCGUUGGAUCCGUCGUAUUACGGAGCAGAUUUCGACGUACCCGAAGACCAUGGGACUGCUAACUCAGUGAUAUACGAUUCACAAGGAAACGCAGUGGUGGUGACUAGUACAAUAAACACGAUGUGAGUGAAGCAGAAUACAAUAAUGUGUCUAUGCGAAAAUCAUGAAAAAUAAAUAUUAUUAAUGUGUUUUAUAAGAGCAAAAACGAUAAGUAGAAGUAAAAAACCAAUGUUAGAUAGUAAAUGUUUUCCCAGCUUCUAUGUUUACAAAAUUGUUAAUUAUAUAAUUAAAUAUUUAGUUCUUAGGUGCGCUCUCUUUCUAUAUUUGAAAUAGAAAUAUUAUUGAGUCUUUCUUGGGAUAUUGUGUUUUCUUAAAUAAUGUUUGACCAAUUUCAAUUUAGAAAAUGAUCGCUCAGCUGAAGCGACAGUUUCGUGUAUAAUUAAAAAUAUCGUGCAUGCAGUAAUAAUAUCUAGAAAGCUACUUGAAGUAUCGUUUUAUAUUAUAUAGUUUACCAUACUAAAGAUAUUAGGCAUUUCAAUUUGAUUAAUAACUAUAGUAAAUAAAUAUAUACAUAAAAAAUGUAUGUAUAAAAAAAUAAAGGUAAGAUAAUGGGGACGGGUGCAGCCACUGAUGUAGGUGGGAAAUUGGGAAGGUAGGAUAUAAGCUGGAAUUUAAUGUAUAUCUGUAAGCAACGAUAAACCAUUCCCCAAAAAACGAUUCUGAAGAGAGUUUAGUUGAUAGUGAUGCUUUGUCAACAACAUAUAUAUGUCAUUUUAUAGCAAAAUAAUUAAAUAGGCUUUAAUUGCGUUCUUGGACCAUUUUAUCUUACCACCAAUGAGGUUUGCCUCUUGUAGAAUAUUUUAUUGGGUUCCUAAUGACUAUCCUAUUUCAGUGAUUAUGCCUUAAUAUACCUUUUAAGAGUUGAGUUAAAUACUUAUUAGUAGGUAAUUAUUGUUUUCGCGACUUUAAUUUUCAAACCUUUGAUGUCUGUAAUUCGCGAUUUCAACAGUCAUCCAAUACCUGAUAAUAAUUGUUCAUUUUUACAUAUUAUAAUUUUAUAGUUUUGGAAGCGGUUUCAUGUCACCCAAUACCGGUAUCAUUUUCAACAGCGAAAUGGAUAGUUUCUCCGCUCCAGGACACGUUAGUUUUUACAAAUUCCCCGCCUCACCGGCUAAUUUUAUAGAACCAGGGAAACGGCCGAUGUCGUCUAUGAGCCCGACCAUAUUCACGGAUGAAAAUGACGAUUUUAUUCUCGGCGUGGGAGCUGCCGGUGGUUCGAAAAUCACUCAAGCCUCUUCAUAUGUAAGAUUAUUCGUUUAUAUAACAAAUAAAAUUCGCGAUUUUAAUGUACGCAAAUGGGAUAUUCGUCAAUAGAUAGCGGAUAAAUGAUAGUGUGACAAUUGAUAGCGGUCAAUUGAAAGCGCAAAAUUGAUCGCGAGCAACUUUUCAUAGUAGAACAAUUUGUAGUGCCAUACAGAAUUCAAAAACUAAACAAUUAUUAAAAAAAUUAUUAUAGUUAUACAAAUUAAAUUUAAAAUUUAGCUAAUAAAAGUUAUCUAAACAAUUUGACAAUAUUAACGGAUACGAGGUGUGGCUAUUAAAUAACGAGACUGGUUACGAAAAAGUGUUUUAUUUUAAAAGUUAUUCUACAUUCAAAUGCUCCCCUUCAAUAUACUCUCCUCCCCUCGCCACACAUCGUUUUAUUCGUUUCUUCCAUUGCUCGAGGCAGUGCUGGAAGUCUGUUUUCGUAAGACCAUUCAGAAGUUCCGCCGAUUUUUGUUUCACUUCUUCCAUCGACUCAAACCGGAUUCCUUUUAAGGCAGACUUUAUCUUCGGAAACAAGUAAAAGUCGCAGGGUGCCAAGUCGGGUGAGUAAGACGCGUGUUCGAGUACUGGAAUGCCUUAAGCGGCCAAAUAACGCUUCACAGACAGCGCGUUAUGGGCAGGUACGUUAUCCUGGUGCAAGAUCCAUGACUUGUUUUUCCACAAUAUCGACCGUUUCUUACGAACUCAUUCGCGCAAUGUUGCCAAAACUAUCAAAUAGUAAUGUUGAAUCACAGUUUGACCCUCUGGAACCCAUUCAGUCAUCACGAUGCCAUUGAUAUCGAAGAAAACGAUCAGCAUGGUGUUGAAUUUGGAUUACGACUGAAUUGGAUUCCGGUGCACUCUCGACCUUCAGAAAAUAAUUUAUGCCACUCAAAAACACGCGCCCGAGAUAGGAAAUUCUCACUAUAGACCUCUAUUAACAACUUAUAGCACUCAGUUGGAGUUUUUUUUAGUUUAACGAGAAAAUUUUACGUUUAUCCGUUACUCAUGUUUUUCGUCACGAGAAAAAAUACACGUUUGUUUCAAACCACUACUGCACAAAUACUAUAAUAGUGACUAAAACGUGAUUUGGUACGUGUAUAGAUAAGAUAUCUAGAUACCCAACGCAUUACUCGUUUUUUUCACUACCCAUCUAGGGCGCCCUCUAGGCGAGCAGUCUCAUUAUUUAAUAGCCACACCUCGUAUUAUGAUAUAAUAUUUAUGUUAAAAAUAAUAAUGAAAUAAAUUAUUUGAAAAAAAUUAUUGUAGUAAAAAAUAUUACAAGUCACAAUUAAAAUUUAGCUACAUAAUAAAAGUAUAAUAUAAAAAUUUGACGAUAUUUAUAAAUUAGUCAACUAUGAAAAUAUUAUACUUGUAGCUGGAAAGUAUGUGCUACACCUCUGAGAUAAUCUUCAAUUAUUCUAUUAUCAUAAUCUAUACAAUUUUUUUUGAUUUUAGCACUCCGAUCUUUAUAAAACAUGUUUGAUGGUGCGACGAUGCGACGCUACAAAUGUUCAUACUAUAAAAAGUCGCUCGCGAUCAAUUUACGUGCUAUAAAUUGACCGCUAUCAAUUGUCGUGCUAUCAAUUAUCUGUUAUAUAUUGACGGGACACCACGCAAAUGUAGUGUAAUCUAUACAUAUUACUUAAUGUGUAUACAUAUUAAGGUAGGUACACACAAUCCAAACCUUGAGGAUUUCCUUCACGGGUCUGCCUUGAGGAUUUAUGCGAUAUUACUAUCAUAUAAUCAUUAUAAUGAUAAUAUUAUAAAUCACUUUAUUCAAAUCUCAAACAAACUGUUAGUUUUUUUACAUUUAUAUCAUUUAAAAUUUUAAGUAUGAAAUUGUAAUGAUAAGUAUAAUGUGGACUCAUUCAUUCGUAAAUAAUUUUGCCAAUCUUUGAAGCAAAUUCUAAGUUCAGUAAUCAGGUUACAAUCUUUUUGAACCAUUCCUUCACCCAUAUACUUCUUUUGCGUUUUUUCACGCGAGAUUUUAAACAAUUGACUGCCACCAAGCAACCAAUGGUAGCCAUAAUAUCGUCAUUUGACUUUUCUAUCUUGAAUAUACAUAAUAUACGAGUAAAUUUAAAUAAAAUGAUAUAAGAACAUAAUGUAAACAAAUAUUACACACACACACACACACACGACAUGCGAUUGAGUUUACACGAGUAGAUAGUAAGCGUAGAAUAUCGUAUCUUCUUAUCUAUACUAUAUAGUUAAGAAGCCAGUAGAUACAGACAAAAUCCUCGAGUAAUUUCCAAGCGUAUGACGACGGAUCUUUUCUUUGAGGCCGGGCCGUGAGGAUUUGAACUUGGGGAUCUUCUCUACGUGUGUACCUUUAGGUAAUAGUAUUCUGUAUUGAUAUCGAAUAUUUAAAAAUUAAACUGAUGUACAAACAAUAUUCUUUUGGUUACACCUAAAUCGUUUUAUUGAUGAAUUUUAUCAUGUUAAGGACUAUUUUACAGACAUUAAACAAUUUAGGAAAGUCAAAUCUCCAAAAAGCAAAGUUUCCGGUUUCUAAACGUAUUUUAAACAAUAAACUAUAUUUUUAUAAACAAUUUUGAAAGAAUUUGAUACCUUAGUAUAAUAUUUAUGUGAGUAGAAACCUAAAUAAACGAUAUAUUUUAAUUUUAAAAUUCUUCAAAUAUUAUACUUAUAUUUUAGUGCUUAAAUUUCAAUAAUCAUAAUUAAAUUAAUAAUGAUAAUACAACAAUAAUGUUAUGAAUUUAUAUUUAAAUUAAUAAUGAUGCACAAAUAAUUAAUAUCUCUUCGUCAACCAAAUCAACUACCUUAACUAUGCUUACUAUGCUAGUAACUAUUCGAACGGACAGCUAAAACACUAAUACAAUAAAUUCUAAAACCUAAAAACCUAAGAUCUAAACUAAAAAUAAAAUGACGAUAGAAAAUAUUCGAAGAUGUAAAUGAUUGUACCUAAUAUACAAUUAUUAAUAUUAUUUUUUGCCAUUAUUACCUUUAAACCACCUAAAACUUCUUCAUCCUUUUUCACUGUGUCUUUCCAGUACGUUCUUCACAUUCCUAAUUGUGUGUUUCUUAUUGGGCAAUAUUUUAAUACUACCAGUAGUGGAUUUUAGCUUCUCCGUAUAUGUCAAACUAAUCGCAGACUUCCAUUUUUGAUGAUUUCUGAAAUAUUUUUAUUUAUUAUUAAACACUGUUUACACUAGUUACUCACUGCUAUACAAUUUUCUGAACCGUCGUAUAUGUUUUUUUUUUUUUUUUUUUAACUAUUUCAAUAUUUUUAAUUUAUAACGAAAUUGUUUUAAAAUAUUUUUUUAUCUUACUUAUCUUUAUUAUUUUACUUAAACGUUUAGUAUUGAUUUUUGUUUCCAGGCGGCCGCGCUUAAAUUUUGGUACAACAAAACAUUGAAAGAAUCGUUGGAUAAACCCAGGAUAUACCAUCAACUCAUGCCCAUGGAAAUCCAAUACGAAUAUGGAAUGACCCGAGUAAAAAACUAUAAAUAUAAAACAUUAAAGUACCAAUAUUUUACAACGGUUUUUAUUUCGUCAUCGUUUUUCAGGACGUAGUGCAACAACUCAAAGAUAUCGGUCAUCCGAUGGCCAGGUUAAAGUACCCCGGAGUUUCGUCAGCAACGGCCAUUUGCAAAUCUCCACUGGGAAUGAUCGAAGUCAUGCCCGAUAGCCGGCGGCCAGGAAACACAUCCGGAUAUUAGUCAGCCGUCGCGGUUUAGUAUUAAAACAAUGUUUGUUGUUCAAAACGACAAUAAGAGACUCGAAAACAAUAAAUUAUUGUACCUAUUAUAUAUUAUAAUACUACAACACUAAAUUAUUGUUAAAUGUAAUUAUAUACAUAUAUAACGUUAAAUAUUAUUGUAACGAUUAUUUAUUUGAAGAAAAAUAGAGACAACAUAUUUCGAUCCUCGUGCAGGACAACAAAAGAAACCGAAUUGUCCGAUCCGAUUUAUAAAAAAAUAAUUAAUUACAUUGGGAAUAGAAAGUUUGAGCUAAUUGAUUGUAAUUAUAAAAGUACAAAACAGGCGGUUUUUCUUUUUUCUAUAAGGAAAUCUGAAAGUUACAAGAUUACAUUGUGCAGGGAAGGUUUUACACUCUAAACAUUUCUGUGACAUCUAAUUUAUAAUACCGAUUACA